GAAAGAAAAAAAUGAAAAGAUCGGAAUAAGUGAAGAAAACCAGUUGGAAAAACAUAGAGAGAAAACGAAUGGCCCUAGAGACGUUGACAUGGCUAAAUCUAAGCUUUGUGGAGAAGAUCCUGCGAAAAUCAGAAGAAGACGGUUCGAUUCAGGUGAUUGAUAUGUCUUCAAAACCAGCCACGAACAAAGGUGACAAUUAUCUUAGCGACAUGAUCAGGAUUACGGUUGAAUUUUCACGUAAUCAAAGCGGCCGUGAGAUUAAAGAGAAAAAAUCUAUUAUUGUCAAACUCUCGCCUAUAAUCGAAAGUGUUCGACAAAAAUUCAUCACACAAGCAGGUUAUUUUCAAACAGAAAUAUUAAUGAUGUCAGAUACCUUGGAUAAAAUGAAUAAGUUGUUAGGGCCUAAGUACCGUUUAAGUGGGAGAAGCCUAUACGUGCAAAAUGAAAAUCCAACACUUCUCGCGAUAGAAGAUCUCAUGUCUCUUGGCUUUCGAAUGGCCGAUCGUUUGUCUGGUCUUGACCUAGCUCAUUCCGUAUUGGCGUUUCAAGGACUUGCCAGGUUUCACGCAGCCUCUGUUGCCGUAUGUGAGAAGGAAUCAAAGCAAAAAGAAUAUUCGAAAGGAAUGUUUUACCAUCAGCAUCCGCCAGAACUGCAAGCUUUUUUCAUUAUGGGUACUAAAGCUUUAGCAGAUGAAAUUGCAAACUGGCCAGAAGUGAAAAAAUACUCGGAAAAAAUUGCUAAACUCUCCAAUCACGUAUAUCAAAUAGCAGAAGAUGCAAUCAAGCCCUUUGAGGAUGAAUUUAAUGUUAUUAAUCAUGGUGAUUGUCACCUGAACAAUAUGUUGUUCAAAUACGACAAUAAUGGCAAACCUACAGAUCAGAUUUUUGUAGACUUCCAAAUGUGCGUCUACACAACGCCGGCACUCGAUCUUCAUUAUUUUCUCAAUACAAGUCCUUCCAUGGAUGUCAUGGAAAAUGAGAGAAAUACUCUAUUAAACGAAUACCUUGGCACCUUGUCGGCGACUAUGAAGCAACUGAACUGCAAGACGCAGCCGCUCACCAUGGAAGAAUUGAAGGCUAUUCUAAAGCGAAGAGCUAGCUAUGGAAUGAUAGCAUCCUUUACGAUUUUACCGCUCAUGCUGUGUAGUAAGAGUGAGUCAAAAGAUUUGGAUGAGAUCAUGAGCACGGGUACUUUUAUAAAUCCAGGUUUACAGAGUGAUAGUUAUAAAAAGUUAAUGAUAAAGAAAAUUCCAUUGUAUGACGAAUGGGGUUUACUAGGAUAAUUCUAUAUACGUAUGUAUAUGUAUACAGGGUGAGUCAUUUUAAUCUAUGGACCCGAAUA